AUGAAAAUCUGCGAUUUUCCUCAGUCUAGUGGGUAUACCAGUAGGGUACAGCAGAGGCAAACUAAUCGUGAAUCCUAUAUCAGUUUUGUCUUUCAUUUAAAGGCAUCUCCACGUUCAUUAAACAGUCCGAGGCGAAGUUGGGAUUUGAACGAUAUUGUCGAAGCUAUAAAAAAUGCCAAAACUUUUAUAUUAAUUCACGUCAUGGAUUACUUCCCAAUGUUUUUAUAUACACAAAAAGGAAAGUAUUGGCCGCCAAUAGAUAACGCUAUAAGAGAAGCUAUUCUUAGAGGCGUCAAAAUUAAAAUAAUCUCAACAGCUUUGCAUUUUCCUAGUAAAGGAUUGGGAUUUUUAAAAUCUUUGGAAGUUUUGGGUGAAAGACAGGGAAGUGGUGCUGGUUCUGUUACUGUUAAAAUAUUCAAAGUCCCAGCAGACUCAUUUGCCUACCAGCCAGUCCUUCAAAGAGACAGAAGAACCCACAAAAAGUUUUUAAUGACCGACGACACUUUAAUUAUUGGGACUUCGAAUUGGUCCGGAGAUUAUUUUGAAGAUUUAGGCACUGGAGUAGCCAUAGUUUUGAAACAAAUAGAAAAAAGAAGAAAAACUCCUCAAAUAUUUAAACAAAUGAAGAAUUUAUUUGAAAGGGAUUGGAAUAGUAAUUAUGCCCAUUUAUUAAAUUUUUAUAUUAAAAAUUGUUUGAAAGAAAAUGAAGGGAAGGAGUCGAAUGAAAUUUGUGAAAUUGAGAAAGAUCCCAGUCUAUUAACUAAUUUUGUUGAUAUUAAUAGAACAACAUCUACUCAAUAA